CCCCGGGCCCGUGGCCCCGAAGGCGCCCAUGCCAUGGAGAAGCUGGCGGCCGGGCUGGCCGGCCUGCGCUGGAGCAUGGGCGCCUUCCCGCUGGACCUCAUCGUCAGCCGCUGCCGCCUGCCCACGCUCGCCUGCCUCGGACCAGGCGAAUACGCUGAGGGCGUCAGUGAGCGAGACAUCCUGCUCAUCCAUUCCUGCCGCCAGUGGACGACGGUGACAGCCCACACCCUGGAGGAGGGCCACUAUGUCAUCGGGCCCAAGAUCGACAUCCCCCUGCAAUACCCAGGGAAGUUCAAGCUUCUGGAGCAGGCCCGGGAUGUGCGGGAGCCGGUGAGGUACUUCAGCAGCGUGGAGGAGGUGGCCAGCGUCUUCCCUGACCGCAUCUUUGUGAUGGAAGCCAUCACCUUCAGCGUCAAGGUAGUGUCUGGCGAAUUCAGCGAGGACAGCGAGGUGUACAACUUCACGCUGCACGCGGGUGACGAGCUCACACUGAUGGGCCAGGCGGAGAUUCUGUGCGCCAAGACCACGAAGGAGCGCUCGCGUUUUACCACUCUCCUGCGCAAACUGGGCAGGGCUGGGGCGCUGGCCGGGGUGGGCGGAGGCGGCGGGCGCCGGCCGGGGGCCCAGCCGCCCCCCCCCCCGGGCCCCGACCUCAUCCCCUUCGGGGCCACUGGCCCGCCACGUCGGGAGCCCGAAGCGCCGCCGCCUCCUGUACCCCCCAAGUCCGAGGCGGUUAAGGAAGAGUGCCGCCUGCUCAACGCCCCUCCAGUUCCCCCCCGGGGUGGCAAUGGCAGUGGCCGGCUCUCGGGCAGCCCCCCGGUGCCCCCGCGCUUCCCCAGGCUGCAGCCUGUCCACUCCCCCAGCUCCAGCCUCUCCUACUACUCCUCUGGCCUCCAGGAUGGGGCGGGUUCCCGCAGUGGCAGUGGCUCCCCGUCACCGGAUGCAUACUCCCUCUACUGCUACCCGUGCACCUGGGGAGACUGUAAGGUGGGCGAGUCCUCUAGCCGCCCAACCCCAGGACCCUUGCCCUCUACCACGCAGCCCAGCCAGUCCUCACGGGGCCUCGCAGAGCCCCUGAGCAGUCGUACUGCCUCCCUUUUGGGGGCCGACACCCCCAUGAAGACCUACCACAGCUGCCCACCUCUGUUCAAGCCCUCUCACCCCCAGAAACGCUUUGCUCCAUUUGGAGCUCUCAACCCCUUCUCGGGCCCUGCCUAUGCCUCAGGCCCUUCAGUGGCCUCCUCUUCCGGGCCCAGCACCACCCCGGGUGCCCUGGCUACCUCCAGCCCUGCGUAUUCCCCGGGCCCGGUUUCACCAGGCCAGGCUUAUUCCACUGCUGCCCCCUCCUCCUGCGUCCCCUCCUCCUCCUCUUCCUCUGAGUGGCAGGAGCCAGCCCUGGAGCCCUUUGACCCCUUUGAACUGGGGCAGGGCAGCUCUCCAGAGCCUGAGCUGCUGCACUGUCAGGAGCCCCGAGCUGCAGGGGCGUCGGGACCCCGCCUUUCACCGCUCGGUCCCCCCAAGGCCUUUGAUCCUGAAGCUUUGGUGCUGCGGCAGGUCCCCACCCCACUGUCACCAACUGCCCUGCAAGGGCCUGAGGCAGGAGGAGCACGACUUUUUCUCACCCAAGGGCGCCUGGAAGUGCCUCCUGCCAGUCCCCGGGAUGGAGCCACAGGCUUUGGAGGCCGGGAUACCUCCUGGCAGCCACCCGCUGACCUGUCUGCCCUCUCCCUGGAGGAGGUCUCCCGCAGUCUGCGCUUCAUUGGGCUCUCGGAGGACGUGGUGAGCUUCUUUGCCCGAGAACGCAUUGAUGGCAGCAUCUUUGUGCAGCUCAGUGAGGACAUCCUGGCAGACGACUUCCACCUCACCAAGCUGCAGGUCAAGAAGAUCAUGCAGUUCAUCAAAGGCUGGCGGCCCAAGAUCUAAACUGCCCAGCCCGGAGCCACCCACCCAGAACACUGGCUGAGCCUUGGGGACCUGCCAUGGCUCUCCCAGGUGACCGACCCUGGGGGAGCAGGUCCUGCCUGCUGGAGGAUCUGCCAAGAUAGCUCCACAGCUCCUCAGGGUGAAUCCAGGGGAGACACGUGUGGAAAUGCCAUCCCCGGGGUCUGCCCCUGCCUGGAUGUCUUACCUCUGUGCGUGCAGCCUGAGUGUGCACUCGGGGAGGGGCUGGAGCCACCACCUGCACCUGGGCCCAGUGAAGCACUCGUGGUGACUCCCGGGGAGUCAGUAGCGGGCCUUUGCGGUGACCUAACACCUGCCCUUAGCGUUACGGACCUUCCCAACACCUUGCACUUCUCCAGCUGGUAGGUUCAGGUUAGACACAGGGACGACAGCCCAUAAUUUAAGCUCAGAUUUCCCCAAGGGCCCUCUCCUUCGUGUCCUGUGCACUUUUGGCCUAAAACUGCCCCAGAGUCAGGGCUCUUCAUACCUGGAUCUCUAGGGUGCCUUUCCUUUCUCCUCUGCUCUGCUGUGAUCUAGGGGCCUGGCCCGGAGCACAGGGGAAUCCUAUGAGCCUGAGCCACAGCACCUGCGGCUCCACCUGUGGGUCUGGCUCGCAGCUGACUAUGCUGAAGACAGUGCCCUGCUACCACCUGCCCACCUGGUCAAAGAGGCAGAUGCUCCCGGACCACUAGGCUCUGAGCUCAGUGCAGUCGGG